UGUGGGGAGCUCACGAACACACAGGACCAGAGCACCAGGAUCUUACACGCAGAAAAAAAACACGAUAAUGUGACUGGAGUGUAAAGGAUGAGAGACGUUUUCGCUGGAAAAGGUCAUCCUAAUUGCGCGAAGAAUCGCUGGAGGAAAUAUUAAAACAACUGCUAAGGAUUACCAUUAACGCACACGUAUUUAGCCUUUUUUUUUUUUUUUUUUUUUUUUUUUUUGAGGGAACCAGAAAACCAGGAAUGGGGGAUUUUCUAUUUCUAGAGAGCAGGAGAGAGGAUUGGAUGAGAGUAUUGGACAGUAACUAAGGAUUGGUCUGGAAGGGAACGGAGCGCAUGUGUAUUUUUUCUUCAAUGACAGGAGUAAUCAAACUGUGUUUGAAGGUCUGAAUGCAGACAUGUGCUGGAGGAUUUUCUCAGCAUACAUCGGUGUCCAGCAGCGGCAACAACGUCCAGUAUCACAGACUAUGUGGUUAGCAAUGCGCAAAAAACGUCUCCUUUUGCACCACCAGGACUGCUGCAGUCGCAGAGCUUGCAACAUUUCUCUGUGGAUAUUGGUCUUUUGUUGGUGUAUGAUGCUUGUCCGGGGGCAAGGCUACUACCCCACCGUCAACACACAGUAUGGAAAAUUACGAGGGGUGAGGGUUCCGCUGCCCAGUGAGAUCCUGGGACCAGUGGACCAGUACUUGGGAGUCCCGUAUGCCACCCCACCGGUGGGUGAAAAACGCUUCUUACCCCCUGAGCCACCCUCGUCUUGGUCAGGGAUCAAGAAUGCCACUCAUUUUGCACCAGUGUGCCCACAAAACAUUCACAAUGCUGUUCCGGAAAUCAUGAUGCCAAUCUGGUUCACAUUUAACUUGGAUAUAGUUGCAACUUACAUACAGGAUCAAAAUGAGGAUUGUUUGUAUCUAAACAUCUAUGUUCCAACAGAAGAUGUCAAAAGAAUAUCCAAGGAAUGUGCCAGAAAACCCAACAAGAAAAUAUGUAGAAAAGGAGGAACCCAUUCCAAAAAACAGGGCGAGGAUUUAUCCGAUAACGACGGUGAUGAAGAUGAAGACAUACGAGAUACUGGAGCCAAGCCUGUGAUGGUGUACAUACAUGGAGGAUCGUACAUGGAAGGCACUGGGAACAUGAUUGACGGAAGUGUGCUGGCUAGCUAUGGGAAUGUCAUCGUCAUUACACUCAACUUUCGAGUCGGCGUUUUAGGCUUCCUCAGCACAGGAGACCAGGCUGCUAAAGGGAAUUAUGGGCUAUUGGACCAGAUUCAGGCUCUGCGUUGGAUAAGCGAGAACAUUGGCUAUUUCGGUGGCGAUUCCAAUCGCAUCACUGUAUUUGGAUCAGGAAUUGGUGCCUCUUGUGUGAGCCUUCUAACCCUGUCUCAUCAUUCUGAAGGACUGUUUCAUCGUGCCAUAAUCCAGAGUGGUUCAGCAUUGUCCAGCUGGGCCGUCAACUACCAGCCAGUUAAGUACACAAGGCUGUUGGCAGAAAAAGUGGGUUGCAAUGUGCUGGAUACACUGGACAUGGUAGACUGCCUGAGAAAGAAAAGUGCUCGCGAGCUGGUGGAACAAGACAUUCAGCCAGCAAGAUACCACGUAGCCUUUGGCCCAGUCAUCGAUGGCGAUGUCAUUCCCGAUGACCCUGAGAUCCUGAUGGAGCAGGGUGAGUUCCUUAACUAUGACAUCAUGCUGGGUGUCAACCAGGGUGAAGGUUUGCGAUUUGUGGAGAACGUUGUGGACUCUGAAGAUGGCGUCUCGGGCAAUGAUUUUGACUUCUCGGUCUCAGACUUUGUGGACAGUCUGUAUGGUUACCCAGAGGGAAAAGAUACGCUACGUGAAACCAUUAAGUUCAUGUACACAGACUGGGCUGAUAGAGACAAUCCUGAGACGCGUCGCAAGACACUGGUGGCACUUUUUACUGAUCAUCAGUGGGUGGAGCCCUCAGUGGUGACAGCUGAUCUUCAUGCCCGGUAUGGAUCACCCACAUACUUUUACGCCUUCUACCACCACUGCCAGAGUCUGAUGAAGCCUGCUUGGUCAGAUGCUGCCCAUGGAGAUGAGGUGCCCUACGUCUUUGGUAUUCCCAUGAUUGGCCCGACUGACCUCUUCCCCUGCAACUUCUCCAAAAAUGAUGUCAUGCUCAGUGCUGUUGUCAUGACCUACUGGACAAACUUUGCCAAAACGGGGGAUCCCAACAAACCAGUGCCUCAGGAUACCAAGUUUAUUCAUACCAAGGCCAAUCGUUUUGAAGAGGUGGCCUGGUCUAAAUACAAUCCUCAAGAUCAGCUGUACCUGCACAUCGGCCUAAAACCAAGAGUCCGAGAUCACUACCGUGCUACUAAAGUGGCAUUCUGGAAGCACCUGGUCCCUCAUCUGUACAACCUCCACGAUAUGUUCCACUACACCUCUACUACAACUAAAGUCCCACCACUCGAGACGACUCAAAAUUCCCUGUCUACCAAGCGUCCCAAUGGCAAAGUCUGGCCAUUCAACACCAAGCGGCCUCCAAUGUCUCCAGCAUAUAAUAGUGAGAGUGGAAAGGAACAAUGGAAUGGAGAAGAGGAACCAGGACCUCUUGUGGUGGAGAAUCCCAGAGAUUACUCCACUGAACUGAGCGUAACCAUCGCCGUUGGAGCUUCGCUGCUGUUCCUCAAUGUUCUUGCAUUUGCUGCUCUGUACUACCGCAAGGAUAAGCGGCGACAAGAACAGCACCCACAACCCAGCCCACAACGAGCCACUACCACCAAUGAUGUCAACCGCCAUGCCCCUGAAGAUGAGAUCAUGUCCCUGCAGGUGAACCAGACACAUCACGAGUGUGACGCUGGGCCAACGGGAGACCCACUGAGACUCGCUUCACUUCCCGACUACGCGCUGACUCUGAGGCGCUCACCCGAUGAUAUCCCACUCAUGACGCCAAACACCAUAACGAUGAUCCCUAAUUCACUAGUGGGCAUGCCGAACCUACAUCCAUACAACACCUUCACAGCCGGUUUCAACUCCACUGGCCUGCCACAUUCCCACUCCACCACGCGCGUAUAGCUUUAUGGCGAUCAGGCAAAGGGAGGAAGGGGACAAGUCGUUGGUUUUAAUGAAAACAUUACAGCAAGAGGAGUGAGUUCAGGACGAUGAUGGAAACAAAAUAAUUUGAAUAAACAUUUGCAAAAAGCAGUGACGAGUUCUUUCCAGAUGUCAAGUUGUGCAAACCUGCCAAAACAGAACUGUUCUCUUUCCUUCAAAAAAGGAAUGAGCAUUUCAAGCAGUAUUUUUUCUAAUCAUCAUUUUAAAAGGAACAAAAAAAUGCCUUUUUAAGCAGAAUCAGGCGAAUGGGGCGAUCACCUUUUUUUGAAUAAAUAAUAGAAGAAAAAAAACAAGGAAGUGCAUUUUAUUUCCCAUCACAGUCUUUUGUGGGAAACACAUUUCAAAACAGUGGCCUCUAAGGUGACAUCUGCAUAAAAUGUUUGCUUUGCUUUUUCCGAUUUCUUUUCAUUGCCUUAUAAAGAGCUGUUGUUGUUGUUGUUUUUCUCUUAAUUUGACGAUCUUUCCCUGAGAUGAUGUUGUGUGGAACAUAGUGAUUUGACUUGAGUGGUUGGAUUCCAGGAAGCUUAGGCAGACGACAAAUUUAAAAACUGGUGGACUGAAAUGGUAACUCCGACUCAUUUUCCAGCUGCAUAACCUCACCUCAGUUUUUUUACUUUU